AUGCCAAAAGAACAAAUCGUUGAUGCUCCAAACCUUGGUCCAAAUGAUAUUAUUAUAAAAGCGUUGGUCUGUGGUAUACAGUCUCGGUCAAACUUGAUUUUGAUCUUCAUCUUGACCUUCUUAAAUCGUAAUGGCGCCUUUUAUUUAAUUGAUUUACCUAAUGUUCCUGUUACGAUCAAGGACGCAUCGAGCUUCUUACUUAACCCGAAAACGCCUUUAAAGGGGUCUAUUAUUGGUGUUACUGAAGAAUAUCCUUUUACCCUUGAAGGUUUAGAAAAGACUAUUGAUCGUUGUGAUAAGAGCUUGGAUCGUUACAGAGCUGUUUUGAUGGCUAAAGAUUAA